GCACCUUGAUCCGUAGAGAGAGAGGGCUAUCCUCGUCCUAGCUAUCCAUCUCGACCGCCAUUGCCGUACCUGUCCUGACCUUGAUCAUUUGUGAGGUGAGUAGCCGCAAAUGGGGAGGCAGCCGUGCUGCGACAAGGUGGGGCUGAAGAAGGGGCCGUGGACGGCGGAGGAAGACCAGAAGCUCGUCAGCUUCAUCCUCGGCAACGGCCAGUGUUGCUGGCGCGCCGUGCCCAAGCUCGCCGGGCUGCUCCGGUGCGGCAAGAGCUGCCGGCUGCGGUGGACGAACUACCUGCGGCCGGACCUGAAGAGGGGCCUCCUCUCCGACGCCGAGGAGAAGCUCGUCAUCGACCUGCAUGCCCAGCUCGGCAACAGGUGGUCAAAGAUUGCGUCGCAAUUGCCUGGGCGAACGGACAACGAGAUCAAGAACCACUGGAACACCCACAUCAAGAAGAAGCUCAAGAAGAUGGGGAUCGACCCCCUCACCCACAAGCCCCUCUCGCCGCCGCAGGAGCACCAACAGAGUCCACCGCCCGCCGGCGGUUCGUCGGAAGCUCAGCCGCCAUCGCCGCCUCCGGAGAGGAAUCCUCCAGAGGAGAAGGCGGCGACGGGAAGUAGCAGCGAGCACGGCGACGACGAGCUGAUCCUCCGCAAGUCCCCCGGCUUCUGCACAGACGAGGUGCCGAUGAUGCACCCAGACGAGAUCAUGGUGCCACUGGGCGACCAGCCGCCGCCGCCAUUACCAGCGUUGACUUGCGCCCCCACCGCCGCCGCCGCGGUCUCGACACCGACGACGUCCUACUCCACCUCGGGGUCGUCGUCCUGCUUGACCCGCGACGUGGAGUCGCCGUUCGCGUUCAUGGACAUGGGCUUGCCGGAGUUCGUGUUCCAGACGACGGGGCUAGAGGACGACAUGGUGGACGACGCGCGGUGGCACGACCUCUUGCUGCCACCGUCGCCGGCCUACGAGGACCCCUUCGAUUCUUACCAGUUCCAGAGGAACGGCGCCCUCUUCUCUAGUUAUUAGUCAGCUAACCCCUCUAAUAAUAAAUUAAAUUCGCAGCUUCUCACUGCACUGAACAGGCAAUUAAACAGGAAGGUUCUUUCUGUUAAUUGGCACUGGCUUUCUGGUUAUGUUUCUUGGUGUUCUCCCAUAAGAGCAGUGCCUAGUGUGUCCAUACAAAAUUUGCUAGUAAUGAAGGAAGCUUCUCCGUUUUUUUUCAACUCUGAAGUGUGUUGAAAUAAAGCUCAUGCCUUUGUACUGAACAGAACACAGCCAGAAAAAUUGUUGUUAGGUAGAGGCAACAAGGAGAAAGGGAUUAAGGGAGUGGUUAUGGAAAAAAAAGUAGAAACUCGAUCUUUUGGCACAUGUAAGAACCAAUAAUGCCUAUGUAUCAUUCAAGAAAAUUCUACCUUUUAGUUUUUUCCUUUUCUUUUUGUGAAUGUAAAUUGUCAAAUUUAUCUUGGAAUAAAAAGGAGAUACUGUAUA